GCUGUGACGCCAUAUGGAGGCAACUGACAGUGAAGGCAUUCUUUAUCAUCUACUAUAACCCUUUUCUCGUCCUCCUUUUCCGAUCGUCCCACCAAUCCAUUCCUUACCCUUCGCCCCGUAAGCCAUGGCUCGUCUCCUCCGCACCCUCGUGGUGUCCUCUCUGCUUGGUCUCGCUGCUGCGUCUGUCGCAUCUAACGACUUCUACGCUCGAGAUACCUCGACGUUGACGGGUGACUCCAAAUGCACUACUUACAUGUGUGUCGCAGCGGUGGUCAAUGGCUCGACAGUCCAAUACACUCUCUCGGGCACGGGCAAGAUGACACCAGGAUGGAUGGCAAUGGGCUUUGGAUCGUACAUGGCCAACGCAAAGAUGGUCAUCAUGUGGAGUAACUCCGACGGCUCGGUGACGCUUUCUCAGCGAACAGCACCCGGAGAGCAGAUGCCUACUCUGGAUGCCAGUCCCCCAUUCCUCGCCACACUGUCGGAGUCGCUCAGUACUGCAUCCGGGGACCAAUCUUUCGUUUAUACUAUUCCGUCGGACGGGAACACUAAACCGCCUCUCAUCUUUGCAUUCGGAGCCACCAAUCCCGGCUCGUCUGCCAAAGAUGCUACUCUAAUCUUCCACAAGGACUACGGCCAGUUCUCCCUUGAUUUGACCAAAUCCUUGUCGGCGUCCGCCGCAACGAGUGUAACCGCCGCCCCAGUCGCGUCCAAAAGCGCAAGUUCCCAGUCGAGCAGCUCGAGCGGCUCGAGUACCUCGAGCGCCGACACCGGUGGCGCGACAGAUGGCAUUCCGUUGACACCAUACCAGCGCCUGAUUGUUGCGCACGCCAUCUUCUGUGUCAUUGGAUUUGCACUGUUGCUACCAAGCGGUGUGCUGGUUGCCCGCUACCUUCGCACCUCCACCCCUGCUUGGUACACCGGCCACUGGAUUGCCCAAUUUGGAAUCGCGGGACCCGUUAUUCUCAUUGGUGUCAUUCUGGGAUUCAAGGCUGCCGGUUCAUCUGGAUCCAGCGUUCUCGAUAAUCAUAAGAAAACUGGCAUCAUCAUCUUCGCUCUAUACCUGCUCCAGUGUUUCCUCGGAGCUUUUAUCCAUUUCGUCAAAGCCAAGAAUGCGGCGCGCAGGCCACCUCAAAACUAUCUCCAUGCCAUCCUCGGCCUAGUCGUCAUUCUCCUGGGCAUGUACCAGAUCCGGACCGGCUAUCACACUGAAUGGCCGGCGUACACCGGACUCGCGAGCAUUCCGUCUGGGCUGAACAUUCUUUGGGUCAUCUGGUGCUUUGCUCUGCCCCUGCUCUAUGCCCUCGGGCUGGCGCUUUACCUUCGCGAACAGUAUCGUCAGGAGGCUGCAUCCCGACUGAACAGGCUCCAGAAGCAUAACACGUACGACAUGAGCACUGCCGACCUUCGGGAUGGGCCCAAUCAAUACUAUGAGUAAUUAAGUUAUCCAUGCUAAUUUCCCCGACUGCUUUCUCCCUCCAUGGCUAGCCCAUUGUACUGAUCUUAGAUAAUUCGUCCGGUUGUGCUUCCUGUCUCUGUGUUCAGCUAGCGUGUAACAUAUGUUGUUCUGAUUCUAGAGCAUGUCGCGUGCGACGUUGGGUGCUGCAUCUCUGUGAUGCAGAUCUUUUUCAAACGAAAUCGAGGGAUCAAUUUGCCGAUGCUCGCCUGUCAG